CAUGUUUUUAACCUGUGCAGCUCACACACCUCAACUGAGAGAAGCAGUCACAGAGCUCAGGGCGCACAGCAGGACGAACCAUGGGCUACUUUCCGGACUUUUCCAUCGAAACCUGGACGUUGAUAGUGUUUGUCAUCACUCUCAUCGCAGUGUAUGGAUAUGCUCCAUAUGGCGUUUUUAAGAAGUUAGGCAUCCGUGGACCCAAACCUUUGCCCUUCAUUGGGACGUUUUUGGGGUACAGGAAGGGCAUCCAAAAUUUUGACACGGACUGCUUCAAGAAAUAUGGCAGGAUUUGGGGGUGUUACGAUGGCAGACAGCCUCUCUUGGCUAUAAUGGACACAGCAAUGAUCAAAACAGUGUUGGUUAAGGAGUGUUAUUCUGUCUUCACCAACAGACGGGAUUUUGGCCUAAACGGACCCUUACGUGAUGCUGUAUCAAUAGUAGAAGAUGAGGAAUGGAAGAGGAUUCGCAAUGUUCUCUCACCGUCAUUCACCAGUGGCCGACUGAAAGAGAUGUACACAAUAAUGUUUAAACACUCGACUAACCUGAUCGAGAGUCUUCACAAGAAAGUCGGGGCGGAUGAAGUCAUUGAAGUUAAAGAAGUAUUUGGACCGUACAGUAUGGAUGUUGUGACCAGCACUGCUUUCAGCGUGGACAUUGAUUCCAUCAAUCAUCCCUCUGAUCCGUUUGUAACAAACAUCAAGAAGAUGGUCAAGUUCAACUUCAUGAAUCCAUUACUUGUGCUGACCGUUCUGUUUCCAUUCUUGGGACCAGUCUUUGAUAAGAUGGAUUUGGCAUUAUUCCCUUCUGAUGUGAUUAAGUACUUCUACAGGUUCCUACAGAUGAUAAAAUCUGAUCGGAACAAGGCCGACCACAAAAACCGAGUGGACUUCAUGCAACUGAUGGUGGACUCUCAGGUUUCAGAGAACAAUAAGAACGACAGCAAUUUGCAAAAAGGGCUGACAGAUAAUGAAAUCCUAGCUCAGGCCAUGUUUUUCAUAUUUGCUGGCUAUGAAACUAGCAGCAACACACUUGGCUUUAUAUCCUACAACCUGGCAACCAACCCUCACAUCCAAAAGACCUUGCAAAAGGAGAUUGAUGAAACCUUCCCAGGAAAGUGUGAGCCCACCUAUGAAGCCGUGAUGCAGAUGGAGUACCUGGACAUGGUGGUGAAUGAGUCAAUGAGGCUGUACCCUAUUGCCAGUCGAUUGGAGAGAAUGACAAAGGCCUCAGUUGAAGUGAACGGUGUGACUGUUCCGAAGGGAGUUGUCAUUGUGGUACCAAUUUACACUCUGCACCGGGACCCUGCUUUGUGGCCUGAGCCUGAUGCCUUCAAACCUGAAAGGUUUAGCAAAGAAAACAAAGACAACAUCGACCCUUAUGCCUUCCUGCCCUUUGGAGCAGGACCAAGGAACUGUAUUGGAAUGCGAUUUGCUCUAUUGGCGAUGAAGCUGGCCUUAGUCAUGGUCCUUCAGAACUUUAGCUUUGUCCCCUGUAAGGAGACACAGAUUCCAUUGGAGCUGGGAGUGGACGGUUUUGUCACACCUGCGGUGCCCAUCAAACUGAAACUUGAGCCCAGAGCCACUGAUUCUUCUUCAAUCUAACUCUGAUCAUGUGGCAGUAACCUGACAGCUCUCACUCUAACCUGCUUCACUAUCAAUUCAACAGUUUAUGUUCCACAUUUAGAAAAAUACAAAAAAUAAAUCAGUAUAUUCUUAUUCUUCAGAUAUAAGGUUGUUUGAGUUCAAGCAUGUGGACAAUUCAUUCAUCUAAAGACAUUAAUAGAGAACCAUACAAAAUAAAUAACAAAAUAAAUUGCAGCUUAUUAAUAGAAAUGUAUAGGAUUUAAGUCAUUUUCCAAAUGAGGACAUCUUACAGAUCAUGUAUAUUUUCACCAAUCAUUUCGAUGGCCUUUCAAUAACAACAACAUUCGGUUAUAUGAGACAAAGCCCUUCUGGGUAUUUUUGUCGAUGUGAUUGACUGACAAGUUUUUUUUUUUCCUCUUUAUUUUUUUAGUAGACAAUAUAAAGUGUUUUAAUAUGUUUUAAAUCUUUAUUAUUAAACAACUUUUUAAUAUAUUUGUGGAGCAGAAUUAAAUUGCAAAAUUAUUGCA